AUGGCUGAAUAUGAUCUCACUGCAAAAUUAGGUCGAUAUUUCGAUCGGCACCUUGUGUUUCCCUUAUUGGAAUUUUUAACUGAACGCAAUAUCUUCGAUGAGAAAGAAAUUCUUCAAGCUAAAUAUGAUCUUUUACAAUUUACAACUAUGGUUGAUUUUCAACUGGAUAUUUAUAAAAAACUUCAUCCAGAUGGACAAGAACCAAUGGAAUUAAUCGAAAAACGCGAGGGUAUUGUAGCUCGUUUUAAUGAACUUUCGGAAGCUGUUCAACCAUUACUCGAUGCUGUUGUAACAGAAGAUGCAGCUCGACUUAUUGAGCAUCAACGAAAUAGUGAUUCAAUGUUUACAUUAGACUACUUAAAAGAAAAAUUUAAUAUUGAACGAAGUAUGGUCAAUGAUCUUUAUGCAUUCGCUCGUUAUGUUUAUGAUUGUGGUGAUUAUUCUCGAGCCGCUACAAAUUUAGGUCUCUAUCGAGCACUUGUUCCAAAUAAUGAUAAAAAUAUGAUGUCAUGUUUAUGGGGUAAAUUGGCAUCUGAAAUUCUCAUGCAACGUUGGGAAGAUGCUUAUGAUGAUUUAAAUCGUUUAAAAGAUGCCAUUGAAACCAGUAAUUCUCGCUCAUCAUUAGAGUUACUACAUCAACGUACAUGGUUUAUUCAUUGGUCAUUAUUUGUUUAUUUUAAUCAUCCAAAGGGUCGUGAUGAUCUCGUACAAUUGUUUCUUAGCUCAGCAUCAUCACCGGCAAAUCAAACAAAUCUAUAUUUAAAUACUUUACAAACAACAGCACCACAUUUAUUACGUUAUUUAGCUGCAGCUGUUAUUAUUAAUCCGCGAAAGAAAAAUGAAAGAACACUAAGAGAACUUGUUAAAAUUAUUCAACAGGAAUCAUAUGCAUUUCGUGAUCCUAUAACAGAAUUUCUCGAAUGUCUUUAUGUUCACUUUGAUUUUGAUGGUGCACAAAAGAAAUUACGUGACUGUACAGCUGUACUUAAUAAUGAUUUUUUCCUUGUUGGUUGUGCUGAGGAAUUUAUGGAAAAUGCUCGUUUACUAAUAUUUGAAACAUUUUGUCGUAUUCAUCAUUGUAUUAAAAUUGAUAUGCUUGCAGAAAAAUUAAACAUGAGUCCAGAUGAAGCUGAGCGUUGGAUUGUGAAUUUAAUACGUAAUGCGAGCUUAGAUGCCAAAAUUGAUUCACAACAAGGAACAGUUGUUAUGGGCUCACAAGCAUUAUCACCAUAUCAAACGAUCAUUGAGAAAACAAAGAAUUUAUUUAAUAGAACACAAAAUUUAGCACAGAACAGCGAACGAAAAAGAGAUACAAAUGCAAACUGGGGUAAUUAUCAGACACAACUAUCACAGACAAAUAGUGGAAUUGUUCCAUUUAUAGAGUGA